AUGCAAAACGCUUUUCUGGGAUUCGAGGGGAAAAAUUCGAGGAAACGAUCGACUGAAGGGGAAAAGGGUGCUCCACUUUUCAACUCAACCCCGAAUUUCUCGAUCGCUCCACCAUCCACCGUUUCAGCGUCAAAUUUCUUCUCACCUAUGCCCGUUCAUUUCCCCCAUCCACAAAUGUUUUUUAAUGAUUCUUUUCCAUUUGCUUCACCAGUUAUUGCAUCAAAUUUCUCGCAAAUGCCGAAUUGCUCUUUGAAUUGCUCCUCGGAUGACAGCGGGAUUCAAUCGGAGAAUAGCUUGCUUACAGAAACAAAAAUCGUUUUCGAUUUCCCCACCCCGAAUGAGAGCUUAGUGGUGAGAGAUGAGAAACAAUUUGGCGAAGUUUCUGGGAGAUUGUGUGUCCUGGCACAGGCGACCAAAUAUAAGGUUACGGUAGGCGAAAUUCGACGUCGAAUCAAUCCACCGGAAUGUCUUCAUGCGAGUCUAAUCAAUGGAAUCUUGAGAAAGGCAAAAGCCAAAGAUGGAAACAAGGCAUUGCGACAAGAUUUGACAAAAGUCGGACUUUUCCUGCCAUCUGGUCGCCGAAAAACCACUCCAGCAACUGCAUUUUCAGCUUUAUGUGAAGGAGAAGCAGUUGUUUUGGCUCAGGAUUUUGUGAAGUUAUGCGAGAGCGAUUUUCCGACGAAUAUCAUGGCUCAAGAUUACAUCGCUUUCUCAUCAAGUUUACCGUAUGGCCUAGUGAGGGCAAGGAAUGACUUAGAAGCUGCAUUGGUUUUCCUGUCUCGAAUGGAUCAAGUGAUCUCUUCAUUGGGUGUUUAUCCACACGAAUAUUCACCGUCAUCCACUAGAAAUCCCUAUGAUUUCAUCAAUUCCCGAGUCACCGACGCUGUCAAUAACUUUAGUUUGUUGACACACGGCUUUGGGCACAACGCUUUCUCGGGUGUCGUGAAAACAUUGAUGAGGGUGGCAAAAGAGGGAAUACAACAAAUCGACACGAUUCAUCAUCAAUCAACAAAUAUUCCGGUUUUCGAUGACGACUUCGUGGUAUGCGACACUUUACGCGAAACGAGGAAACGCCCGAAAGCA